UGGGACGCUGCUGAGCCACAGACGGAGUCACAUUCGCAUCUGAUCAAACUACGAAUCAAAGCAGAUCAGAGUGUUUUGGUAUGGUAUGCCUUUCUGUGUUGACGAAGAAGCUUGGAACAAGAUGAAAAGAAGACGAUCAAAGUGUCAGAGCUUCAGAAACAAGAGACACAGGAGUGUCCAGACGGGGUCACAGAGACGCCCAGACGAGACGUGGGGAAGCCUGCCACAUCACGUGGUCCUGCACAUAUUCCAGUACCUGUCCUGGAACGAGGUCUUUCACAUCCCAGACCUCUGGAGGAGAUUUGAGUUUGAGCUGAACCAGCCGGCCACAUCGUACCUGAGGUCCACAACCCCGGAUCUCAUCCAGCAGAUCAUCAAACGACACGCUCAGCACCUGCAGUACGUCAGCUUCAGGGUUGACAGCUGCACAGAAUCUGCAGAAGCAGCCUGUAACAUCCUCUCACAGCUGGUGAACUGCACCAUUAAAACACUGGGUCUGAUUUCCACAGCACGGCCGAGCUUCAUGGACGUACCCCAGUCACACUUUGUCUCAGCUCUGACGGUGGUGUUUGUGAAUUCCAAGUCCCUGUCCUCUAUAAAAAUUGAUGACACACCGGUUGAUGACCCUUCCCUGAAGGUACUGGUGGCCAACAACAGUGACACGCUCAAGCUGCUGAAGAUGAGCAGCUGUCCUCAUGUGUCUCCUGCAGGCAUCCUCUGUGUGGCCGAUCAGUGUCACGGCCUGCACGAACUGGCUCUGAACUACCACCUACUGAGCGACGAGCUUCUGCUAGCGCUGUCCUCCGAGAAACACGUCCACCUGGAGCACCUGUGCAUCGACGUGGUGAGCGAGAACCCGGGACAAACGCAGUUCCACUCCAUCAAGAAGAGCAGCUGGGACGCCCUCAUCCGCCACUCGCCCCAGGUCAACAUCGUCAUCUACUUCUUCCUCUACGAGGAGGAGUUUGAGCCCUCCUUCUGCGAGCUGAUGCCCGUCACUCACCUGUACUUCGGCCGGGCCGUCAGUAAAGAUAUGCUGGGGCGUAUCAGGCUGAACUGUCCACGUCUCGUGGAGCUGGUGGUGUGCGCUAAUGGGCUGGAGCCGCUGGACGAAGAGCUGAUCCGACAGUGAUAGACAGUGGUACCAAGUCUGUGGUUUUCACAUUGAACUGGGCUACAGGGACCCCUUCCGAAUUUAAAUUGGACUAGUUUUGGGUAGCAAUUGGGUGUUUGUUUUUUUGAAAACCUGGCAACCUUGACUCUAAUCUGCGAAGCCAUUGGAAGGCAAUGAAAAACAGCUAAUGCUAACACUUCUUGUUUUGCAGUACAUGGGAAAGGAGACCAGAGGCCAUUUUUUUAAUGGAUUUCAAUGGAGGAGAGGCUUCACUACCACCGGCGGCGCCAAGGGGGGUCUUGGGGGGUCUCAAGACCCUGCCAAAAAAUGCCUUGACCCCCCAUUUGACCCCCCAGCCUCUUCCUGAUUAAAAAAUAUAUAUAUUCGGGAUAAAGAUCCAAAAAUGUUUCUCUUCAAACUACGCAGAACAAUAAUAAAUAAUAAUUAUUUCGACAUUUAUUCAUACACUGAACCGAGAACCGUUUCUGUCGGACGCGUCCGAUUCGAGAACCGAUGAGCUGAUGAUAACUGCGCAUGCGUGAUUCAGCGUGAAGCAGACUGACACAGAGCGCAUCUGAACCGAACUGAUUCUUUUGGUGAUUGAUUCUGAACUGAUUCUGUGCUAAUGUUAUAAGCGCGGGUAAACCAAAGGCUUGAAUGAAGGGCAAUCAUCGCCAAUGACGGCAUUAUCGAGCGCAAAAGAACCAGUGAACCAUUUUUUUUUUCAGCUGGUUUAUUUGAUCGAAUUGUCCGAAAGAACCGGUUCACUUGAGCACCUGCUCCUUUGCCCCUUAAGUGCCCUUUUGUCAAAGCAAAAUUUCCUCAAUUUUUUUUGUAAUAACAUAAACUUUUGUGAAUGCCUGCCCACGUCCAAUCAUAAUAUUAGUACAAUUUAUUAAUAAUAAUUUAGCCGUAAAUAAAAUGACCAACAUGAUGACCGUUCACCUGACUACGACCUCAUCCAACCGGGAAGAUUCCUCAUGCUGCACGCGCAUUUUUUAAUUGCUAGAGGAUAUUUUCAACAUCGUGGCAGCUAGUAAGUGGUGUUUCAUUCUCAGCGAAGUGAUUUUGGUGUUUAUUUACUUAUUAUUAUUUUACAAGAACGAUGUGAUGUGAGAACAUGCAGAUAUGUUGUUUAUAUUGCUGUGUGUAGCCUGUAGUGUAGAAGUAACACUAGCGUGCUGCUGUUUGAGGGAGAAAGGUUUCACAGGCAUCGAGGGGUCUGGUCUUUUUUAUGUUAUUUGAAUAAACUUUUAUUAUAUUACAGUACUUAACACGUAAAAAUAAUUAUCACAACACUGGUAAGGUUUAUUCAGAUUUUCUCAUUCUCUGAAUUAUCAUUAUAAAAAUAAAAACAAUUCAGAUUUUAAAUGUGAUGCAAAUAUUUUUUCUACAAUAGUAACAGUGUUUACAACAGCAAGACCACUUUAGCCUGUAAACUCAAUAAUAUCUAUCUGGAAAUAAAUGUAAAAAUAUCAAUGUCAAUAAAAAUGCAUAAUAUACCUGACAUGAAAGUGCAGUGUGAAGGAUAUGAAUAACAAAUGUAGCCUGCCAUUUGUUUACAUUGCAAAGGUGUUUUUGUUGUUUAGUAGCAGAAAUAUGCAGUUAUUAGCCAUGUCCACUGUAUUUUUUGUUGGUUUUCAUGAGACCCCCCUUGAAAAGACCAGGACCCCCCCAUUGCCCCCCCAAUCAAAAUUGUCUGGAGCCGCCA